AUGUACACAAGCCUCUGGUACACCCGGCGCGAAUCCACCCCCCGCUUCGGCCUCUGGUACUGCGGCGUCGGCGUCGGCCAGAUAAUCGGCGGCCUGGUCUCCUUUGGCGCCCAACACGCACCAGCAUCCCUCUCUCUCACCGGGUGGCGGAUCAUGUUCCUCGUCAUCGGACUGGUGAACAUCCUCGCCGCAGUCCUCAUCCUCGUCUUCCUCCCUCUCUCCCUCGAAACAGCCCGCUUCCUCUCCGCAGACGAGAAGGCAAUCAUAUCCACCCGCCUCAAGGCCGACUCUGCCAACGUCGCCCUGAAACAGUUCCACGUCGCCUCGCUCUGGGUCGUGCUAACUGAUAUCCAAACCUGGCUGCUCCUGCUGAUCACGAUCCUCACGUCCCUGCCCUCGGGCCUGAUCGUCGCCUUUUCGUCGAUGGUUAUCAAGAACUACGGGUAUAACGCGAAGCAGAGCGCGCUGCUGAAUAUGCCGUCGGGGGCUGUGAGCAUUGUCUGCAUCAUUGCAUCCACGUAUGCCAUUGCGAGGGGGUAUCCGCGGUGGGUGGCGCUGAAUAUCCUCUUUGUGUUGACGCUGCUGGGCGCUUGUCUUAUGAGCUUUAUGCCGCAGAGCAAUAAGGCUGGCUGUUUAGUGGGUAUUUAUUUAGUUAAUGCGACAGUCGCACCGCUAGGGAUAACCCUCGCCUGGAUCGCAGGGAAUUUCAAGGGAUACACCGGCAAAGUAUCCGCAGCAGCGCUCAUCUCGGCGGGAUUCAGUGUUGCGAAUAUCAUCGGCCCGCAGACGUUUCAGGCUAGAGAUGCUCCUGAUUACAUCCCUGCCAAGGUAACCAUUGUAGCAAUCAAUGCGGCUGCGAUUGUUGCUGCGAUUGCACUGCGGGUUGUAUAUGGCAUGAGGAACCGCAAGGCUGAGGGACUGGGUCUUCCGGCCAGGAGUUCGUUGGAGAAGAGGUUUACAAAGGAGGAGGGGGAGGAUAUGUACCCGGGAUUCAGAUAUGUGUAUUAG